AUGCAGCCUCCUGACCAGGCGAUGGCUGCUCCAGACCACUCAACCGGCUUUUGUGAUCCCUGUGACGAUCACGCCAAUCCCAGGAAGCAGGACCAACAGCACGAGUUCGACUCCGAUGGUAGCUUUCCCCCACCUGCGCGGAGUGCCGACAGGCCCGAGGCCUCCAGAGACUCGGAGUCUCGGAGGCGCCGUCGUAUGGAGGCUACGCAAUCCCCCCUCCCGGAGGCAGACUCUGUUGCCCCUUCGAAGAGGAAGCGCACUCCCAGUCGGCGUGUUGUGGAAGCGGCAGAAUCAGCCCUCCUUCUGGAAGAGGUCAUGGCAAAUGAAGGCCUUCCCCGGACCCCUGGUCGCAUGCACGGCGCAGCGGAGGCCUCCUGUCCUUAUGGAGGUCUAGGCGCCUCUCUCUCUAUUCCCCUGACGUUCCAGUGGAGAAAUCCCAUGGAUGCCAAUCCUGGGGAUGUUUCUGCGCGCGUGGCGGCGCUCAGGGAGGCCCUCCAACAGCAGUCCGUGCCCUUGCAGCUGUCGGAGCUUUCUCGACAGGGUUCACGCGGCGUGGACUCUCGUGUGGAGCAACAACCGCCUCCCAGAGCUUUUCCUGAGGAGGGCUUGCAUCAGCGGCAGCCUCACGCUAAGGCAGUCCCCCAGAUUCCAAUCUGUCGGCGGCCGUUGUUUGACGCUGUAGAGCCUAAGGAUCUCUUGGGCUUCGGUGUUCCUCUCAGCGAGGUCCUUUGCGCCGACAACGGCCAGAACGCACAGCAACAGCAGGAGUCUGUGUUUGCAGUUGAUGUAGCGGUGGUUGGUGCCGGCGUUGCGGGGCUUGCGGCAGCUGCAUACUUGCGGCGAUGUGGAGCCUCCGUUAUUGUUUUGGAGGCGAGACAGCGCGUAGGAGGCCGCACGUUCUCCUCAGUAAUGCCGGAACGCGAACUUCCCGACGGGCGAAAGGUCCAGCGUGUUGUCAUUGACUUGGGGGCCUCAUACAUGCACUGCGUGACCGCUCAACCAAAGCAGGAAGGUUCUACCCCGGACUGCCGAUGGCGGCGCGAGCCUUCACGGUCUGUUAGCGGGAUUGCGGCUGUGCUGCAGCCCAUCGUAGCAGAUGUCGCAGGCAAGCAGAACUGGGAGUCCACACUUUUCGCGAGCUGGAGUGACGAAGCCUCAGGUCGGCAAUUGCCCUUUAUAUCAGUCCUCAAGGUACACCAGGUGUUGGAUCGCUUGAGAGAGAGAACUGCAGCCAAACUGCUUCACUUGCCUCCGCCCCUCACCGCGGAAGGCGGACCCGGACCCCCAGCCGCCUCCCUGUCCAACACCAUUCCCGCUGCCGAGUUUCUUUCCCCGUCUCUAGACGAGAUCCUCGACGGAGCCUUAAGGAGGCAGCAGCAAGAGAGCAGCAGCAGCAGCAAGCCGUGCGGGGGGCCUCGGGGUGGGAGCGACGGCAACCCCUCCAUUGAUACGCAUUUUUUGUGGCAUUCGCGAAAGGGUGGCGAUACUCCUGUUGUGCAGGAUGGCGCUCACAGUGCGGCUGCUCUCAGCUUGGUGGGCAAUGUUACUCGCGGCAGCGGCAGCGGUGCAAAAUUGGAGGGCAGCGCCAAGCUGACGCAGCACGAUGCAAGUGAUCCAUGUUGCUCCGUGGGUGUGGGUGCCGCCAGGAAACGAGGCUGUCAUUCGCUGGGCAGACGCAUCUCCGACUCCCGUUUUGGCAAGUAUUACCCUCUAGGGGAUGCUUUCCUCCAGAGAGUCAUCAAGGCUUUCGGAGGGUGCCCUAAGUGCUGCACUGGAAGCUGCGGGGGAACGUCGCGAAGGCUUGAAGACAAGCAAGCAGCUGGCGGCUGGGAUAAUCUUGGAAAAGAUGGAGGAAAUCCGCGGAAGGGGGGUCUCUGGGGCCUGGCUGCACCGCUAGUGCCUGUGAAUGGGAGCAGCAAAACUUCCGAGGCACUUGAAGCUUCCGGAGUUGACGUCGACUCUCCAAGUGCUGGGAAAGAAGCACAUGCGAGCUGCGGGACAGACUCGAAGUCCGCUGCAGCCUCCAGCAGAACGCGCGAACAAGGGAUGCAAGGACCUGUGGGUACUCCUGAGGAUCUGAGCGAGAGGGGCGCUGUGCUUGGCAGGCAGUCUCGUGGCUGCAGCAGAUCUCGGAGGAGCAGCAGCAUCAGUGGACAGCAACCCUCGGUGAAGAGCAAUCGUUCAAAGAAGGGCAGUGGUUCGGCAGGGCAGCAAGCGCAGACGCGUCUGGUGCCUCCGCUUUCUCUGCAUGAUAACAGCGGCUUCCGGCGGUCUGCGUGGGAAGCCUUGCAUAUAUCCCUGUGCGAGCUGUUGGCUGAAGAUGAAGAAGAUGAGGGGCCUGUGUUCUCUCCCGUUAGCGCUAUCACCAAAGACGGAAGCGGCAGGGAAUGUCGCACAUUGAAACCGCGGAAGAUGCCCCUUCUUACUCCUGCAGAGGCUCGGAUGAUGCUUGUGGUGCUGCAGUCAAGACUGGGCUAUGUGGGGGAUCUGAGAGAGCUGCCUUUGUCAGCGGUCAAGAGCUAUCCCUAUAUCAUUGCCGGAGUGAAAGGAGGCCUCCGCGAGCAGCUGCUGAAGCACAGAGUGGGGCCACCCCCAGUGCCCCUGUCUGUGCCCCCGCCAGCGAGUAUGCAGCGCCUUCGCAUGCAGCAAGCCGCACUAGAAGCAACCCUCCAGCAGGAGCAGCGGGUAGAGGUGUACCCCUUCUCUGCGACUGCCGCUAAUUCUGCCGACAAGAUUGUCGUAGACGGCUGGGGCUGGCUUCCCUUGUUCUUGUGUCUACAAGUGUCUCCCUUCGUUGUGACGGAGGCCACCGUUCAGUCCAUAUACGUUGGCGGGAGGCAGCAGCUUAGUGGGCGCCUCUCGCAGAAUUCUAUCCCCGCAGAGCAAAAUUCGUUGGCUUCUCCGGAAGGCUGUGCAGACCCUCUCGGGUGCCGAGGCCAAGGUGAUGCAAGCGCUGCCAACACAGAAGUCGUGGAGGAUCUCCCGGCUGCUUUCGAGGAUGACGACGAUCCAGAUAAUCCCCUCGCUGACUCACAUCCCGUCCGCCUCCGGGUGGAGACAAACCGGCGUCUUCGUCACAGCGCGUCUCAUGGCCUUCCACAGGCAGAGGCGCAGGAGGAGCCUCCAGUCCACGUUUGGAUCCGUGCCAAGUACUGCGUGGUGGCAGUACCCCUGGCUCAGCUAGCUCAGGCGCCUCUGCCCCGACUUAAGGCCUCAGCUGCGGCUACAACGCCAAAGGCUUCAAUUCCCCAAGCGCAGCUUCCUCCCACCCUAGGCCUCAUUGAUUUUUCUCCUCCACUUGGCCCUGAUAGGCGACGUGCCCUCGCGCGAUAUCGGAUGGGUUGCCACAACAAGGUGAUUAUUCGGUGGCAUCCAGACGACGUUUUCUGGGAGGAGCGCGGGCUUCAGUUGAACUGCCUCGACCAGAAGUUUCAGUUCUUGAAUCUUCAUGCUUAUGGAAAACCGGGAUGUCUGUUGGCGCACUGUUUUCCGCCGUUCUCGAGCGGCUAUGGGGGCUUGCAGACGGACCAAGAGGUGGUGGCAGAAGUCCUGGCUCUGCUGCAGCAGAUGUUCGACAUUCCGGACUCAGCCUUCCCUCGACCCGUUGAUUUCGUUGUUUCGCGAUGGGAUGAAGACUGCUUCUCUCGGGGAUCUUACUCGACGCCGGGGGUGAACGCCUAUGACAACGAUCUGGACAUCAUGAGGGCCCCCCACCCGAUAGAUGAUCCGCGUGUCAUCUUUUGCGGGGAGCAUCUUAGCAAGGCCUACUUCCAGUGCGUUGAUGGCGCGUUUGACACAGGGUUGCGCGCGGGCGAAGCUGUUGCUCACGAGUGUUUGCAACUGCCGCUGCCUCCCCGCGAAGAUGGCAGGAACUUUUCGCUGGAUUAUUUUUGUCUGCCGCCUACAUCGACAGGGCCAAGAAAUGGUUGCAGGACGUCAGCUACCAUACCAGAGGCCGAUGGGGAACGGCAAGAGGCAUGUGUGCACCCGGCGGCUUGUUCGAGAGAAUCUUCACCCAAAAGGCCAGAAGAGGCCUCUGGGGGAGUCUCGAAGGAUGGACUGGAAGCUCGGCAGGGGAGGGCUUUCUUGCCUCAAUGCCCCUUCUCAGGUUUUCCAAUGCCGCCCCUUCCCCGUGUGCUCCGGGGGCACUACCUAACGGAUCAGUCUGACUUAGGCCUUACAGAUGCAGAAGGGGUGGACUGGGCAGAAGUCAGCGGCUCUUGGCGGGGUGUCCAAACGUGCGAGACUGAGCGCAGGGCCCCUCAGGUUGCCGCAGCAGAAGAGUGCUUUCUUAUGCGGUGCCUGUCUUUUAUCCGGACGGGCAGCAGGCGGCUCCUUCAGGCCCUGGCCUUGCAGCAGCACGACAGUUCCCCCCGUGGCUCUCCCCUCUUGGAGCCGUUCCUCGAAGAUGGCGUCUUUGACUCUGAAGACUUGCUUUCUCAGGGGCUUUUUAAGGCAGGAUCAGCCUGCGAGGGUGAAGCCCAGGCAACAGUUGCUGCAGACACCGUCCCUCCGCUGCCACCGUUGCAACGGCUCUCCGAUAGGGCUGUGGAUUUCUUACGGCGCCUGCCCACGGCUGCCCAGCGACUCUUUUACAGGACGUUUCUGUCGGAGUUUCCUUUGACUAAAGAACCUGUCACUGGCAGUACUUCAGAGGAUCAGCAGCAAGGGUGUCCAGCCUCGCCCCCACAGGAGCAACAGGAUAGCACUGUACAUGAACGUGAGGAGGAGCAGCAAGCCCAGCAGCAGCAGCAGCUUCAGCAGCUGCAGCUACCCCUCCUCGCUGAUCUUCUUGACGCUAUUUUGAUCUGCACCAGCAACAACAAAACCCUCAUUCUAGAGCCGCCGUUAAACGAGGCGGCCCUGGUGUUGUCGCAAGGUCUUGCUAGGCGCUUGAAGAGGGGGAAUGCGGGCAAGGUGUUGGACAUGGAGGGCUUUUUGUUGCUUCUGGCAAAGCACAACAGCCUCAUAAGAGAUUCUGUUCUACUUCCCAUUAGAAAAUUGGCGCACAACUUCCCCCAGAGCGGCGAAGCUCCUGAAGACACCCAGACGGUUGCCGCAACAGAGGACCCUUCGGCAAAAGGAGAGGCAAUGUAUCUAGAAGGGUUCGUCAAGGAACUGAUGCUCCCUGCCCUUCCUGCACACGCGCGCAACGCCAGGCCUCCCCGCAUGGCUGCGGUAUCCGUGGGAGUGCUUCUGAUGGAAACUCUGGAGCGGCUGUGCGCUGCUGCCCCUCGAGUUGCGAAAACAAAACUGAUUCAGCAGCAGGCUGCCUCCGUAGAAAACCUAGUGUUGCAGUCCCUAGCAAGCAGCCAGUUUAUCUCGGCCAUGGGCAGCGGUGCGGUGACGCAGGGGGCGGCGAACACUCAAGGGCAAGACACAGAGAAGAACGCUGAACCUCUACAUCAUGAGCAGCUCUGCUGGCUCUGUCGAGGGGAGGGGGAUCUGCUACUGUGCGAUGGCUUGCCCCCCGCAGAAUCAUCAUCUGGCGCUGUCUCUGAUGACGAAGGGCGACUGCAGAGCAUGCACGGCUCAGCUGCACGAGGUCCAAGGCCGUGUCAUCAUGUAUUUCAUAUAGGCUGCGCUUUCCCUCCUCCAACGCCCGCAGAACUUCAGCCAAACGCACACUGGAGCUGCCCUCUUUGCAAGGCUAAGGCCUUCAAAGAGCGCAGAAGCAAAAUGAAGCCAAGCGCACCGCAGCAGCAACAGGAGCUUGGGAAGGAAACACAGGAGCAACAACUUUGCAAUGGCGUGGAAGGGAAGCAACAGCAGGACAAAGGGGCAGGCAGCCGUCACGAUGGAGGUCGAGUUUGUGCCACUGCCCCGGGAGAAAAGUUGCUACAUCAUAUUUUUGACUCUGUAGAUAACCUCGCCCAGAAGGGCACUGAGGAGAGGACUGCGCGGCAGUCUCAGCUGCAGUUGGCGUCUUGCGAGGAGCUGCAGAUGGCCGCUCUGAAGCGGUUGUUUGUGGAUAAAACUCGAGGCCUCUUGGCUCGCACCCGUCAGCUCUGCAAGCGGCUGGAUUUUCUCCAGUCCAAAAGAAAGCGGCUUUGGAUUGCUGCAAGGCGCAGGAAGUGGCGGGCUGCGCGUCCCCGCAGUGAGCCCCCUAACCCGCAAUCGGCCACAGUGCUUGAGUGUCUUGACAGGAAAGGUCAUGGGCUUCUCAAGCGGGAGCAGACACCGCAGUAUGCAAAGGCUGCAACUUUGGCUGGUCCUUCCUCUGACGAAAGAGCUUCUUCAUCGGACGGAGGCGGUUCUGGCCGCACAGGUGAGGGGGGGCGCAGACGCCGUGGCUGCACAGAAUCGGAGGGAGAAAGCCUGGGCCGUCGCUCUCACUGCUCCAGCUCUUUGGUGAGAACUGAGCAGCAGGAGCGUCGAGGUGCAGGAUCACCUGCUGCGGGAUCGGGAGGGCAUUGCCGAAUAGAAGUGGAUGGUGCAGCAGGUGAGAGGUGUGAGAAUGGCGCGAAGGAAGCUGCAAAUGAGUCCCCAUAUGAGGCUUCGUCUGAGGAUGAGAGAGAGCCAUACCUGGACCCAUUCGCUGCUGCUGCGCAAACACCUUGGUUCGCAAAAGGUCUGAGUUUGCUCUCACGUGUCCAGGAAGUCGACGUGGCAGGACUCCCCCUCAGCGUGUCGGCGCUGCAGCACUUGCGUCAUACAACCUUGGGGUGCUGCUGCCUCCGGAAAGACCAGCACUCAGCGAAGGGAACGCCUCAAGAUGCAAGCACCAGCAACGCGUCAUAUUUUUGCAGCUGCGGACGAGCAGCAGGAUCGUUGAAGAGCAGCGACUGCCUCUGUAUACAGGCGGCUCGCAAGGAUGCCACCGCAGCACUCAGGGACUUGUUGAUAGAUCGCGGAUGCAGUCCACGAUCAUCGGCUUCCCGCCGUUCGAGGGGCCCCAUGCGUUGUUUAGCGCCGCAUGUCCGAUCUCAAGAUGCCAUUGUUGAGGCUCUAGCUGUCGGGGAGCCGGCGUGGAUGAGCCGCCUGCUAAGGCCCUCUAGGAAGCGUAGGACUUCUUACCCCCGUAGGUGCGCGAGGGAUGUAGGAGAAUUAGAUGCUGUUGUCUCUCGCCAGCAGGCUGCAUUGCAUGCAUCACGGUUUCAAUUACAGCAGCAAUACAGACAUCUCAUUUUGGCACACCAGCAGCAACAGCAGCGUGUGGUCGAUCCGCCGCGGAGUGCUGCAGACGCACUUCUCCAGAGGGAAGGUCUUGGAUCCCGUGCGGCAACACUCACGGAGAACGUGAGGCAGUUUCCACGCUCUUCUGUUCAGAGUGAGUUGGCCGCGCUGGCUCAGCAGCAGGUAUACGGAUCCGCGUCUCCAGUACAGCCGCGGCAGCAACCGGCGAUUUCCAGCGGGGCCCUUUGCUCUCUGUGGCAGCUGGUCCAAGCAGCAAAAGAACGGCAGGAGCAACAAGAACAGCGCUACGCGCAAGCUGGCAGAGCGUCUAGUGCCUCAGCGCAUCAGCUGCAACUGCAACUGCAGCUGCUGCAGCUGCAGCAACUACAACAGCUGCUACAGCAGCAACAAAAUCGAUCAGAUCUAGUCCUGCAGGCGGCUCAGUUCGGUCAGCGUGCCCCGUCUCCGACUGCCAGCGCUGCAGGGGCCAGCUACCGCUUGGCUCAGCAGUUGGCAUUUUCGCAAGCGGUCCAGGCGCAUGCUGCCCUAGCGCCUCAACGCGCAACCAAUACGAGAAUAGAGCAAGAACUUGAGCGGCAGCUACAAGAGCUUCAGCAGCAGCAGCGGCUGCAGGAUCGCCUUCGCGCUCUGCAGCAGCAAUCGGAAUCAACUCUAUUGCAGCGCCAGUCCAUGUGCAGCACCCCACAUCAAGAGUCUCACCAAAGAGAGCAGCUGCUUGAACUGCUACAGAAGGCACAGCACGACGUAGCCGAGGAACAGCGCGUGCGGGAGCGCAUGGUUCGAUUGCAGCAACUCCACAGGCAGUUACUCCAGCAGCAACAACAAGACGGAUCCCUCAGUGGAACGCAGCCGCAAAUCUAG